AUGAGACUUACUUCUUUCGCCUUGCUGGCCACGCCUCUGCUGGCUGAUGCACAAUCCUACAGCAUCCUCCGAAAAGUGACGCAGCCUCCACAGAACCGCGUCGACUACAAGACCGAUUUGUUCGAGGGCACCAACUUGAAGCAGGAGCAAUCCGUUCUGAACAACUCCGACUUGACAUACACCGACCGCAAUGGCAAGAAGAACUGGCAGCCUCUUGGUGCUCAGCGAGCGGGCGAAAAGGGACCUCUGCUUCUCCAGGAUGUCGCCCUGAUCGAUACACUGGCCACUUUCAACCGAGAACGCAUUCCAGAGCGUAUUGUGCAUGCCCGAGGUGCAGGUGCUCAUGGCUUCUUCGAGGCUACCACCGACUACGCCUCUCAAUUCUCCGCAGCGAGUGUGUUUGAGAAGGGCACCAGGACCUCCGUCACCAUGCGUUUCUCGACCGUCGGUGGUGCCAGAGGCUCAGCCGAUACUGCCAGAGACCCUCGAGGCUUUUCCAUCAAGUUCCGAACUAAGGAGGGAAUCCUUGACUGGGUUUUCAACAACACACCAGUAUUCUUUAUCCGCGAUCCGGCAAAGUUUCCGAGAUUCAUUCACACCCAGAAGACGGACCCUGCCAGGAACGUUCGAGACUGGAACACAUUCUGGAGCUGGCCGGCACAGUUUCCAGAAUCGCUGCUGCAGUUUCUGAGACUCUUCUCCGACUUGGGCACGCCAUAUGGCUUCCGUCACAUGGACGGCUGGUCCGGCCACACCUACAAGCUUGUCAAGCCCGAUGGAAGCUGGGUGUACACCCGUGUCUACCUCAGCACCGAUCAAGGAGUGAGGAACAUGACCGCAGAUGAAGCCGCCAAGCACGCCGGUGAGAACGACGCCUGGGCUACCGACGACCUCUACAACAACAUCCAGUCUGGCAACUACCCCUCCUGGACCGUCGGCAUCGCCACCAUGACCCCAGAACAAGCCGAAGCCUACCGCUACGACAUCCUCGACCUCACCAAGGACUGGCUGGGUGUCGAAUACCACGAAAUCGGCCGCAUCACCCUGACCCAAAACCCCGAAAACUACCACGCCGAGAUCGAACAAUCUCACUUCAGCCCUGCCAACAUGGUCCCCGGCUGGGAACCUUCCAACGACCCCGUCCUGCAAUCUCGCCUGUUCGCCUACAACGACGCUGGCCGCUACCGCGUGGGCGUCAACGCCGAAGAAAUCCCCGUCAACUGCCCCUUCAGCUCCGUCGCCAACUUUGACCGUGAUGGACAUCUCAGCUCGCACGGAAACCAAGGCGGGAGACUCAAUUUCCCCGCCGAGAUUCUCGACCCGAUUCACAUUAUUGAUCGUCCCGGUACGGCGAUUGAUCACCCUCUGGAAGGGGCCAGCACUGUGCAAUGGCUCAGCGAGAUUGAUGAGAAUAUCGAUUAUGAGCAACCUCGACUGUUCUACGAGGGAUUCUCGCAGACGGACAAGGAUCACUUGUACAGCAACAUUGCGGGCACGCUGGUGAAUGUGGAUCAUCAACCCGUCUUGGAUGCAUUGUUUGAGCAGUUUGGAAAAAUCUCUCCCGCCCUUUUGACGGGUGUGCAAACGGCU